AUGGAUGGCUCGCGCUCGUUGGAAACUAACUGGACUGCCAGUUUGUCGGUUACGUUCGGCACUUCCCAGCUUUUGGUGGCCGGAAUUAGCAUCUACCAUCCUGAAUGGGUGGCAACUCAGUGGCAAACUUAUUUGAUAUUGCUUGGAAUUACUCUUCUCUGCACUUCUGUCGGGAUGUAUUUCAAUGAUGUACUACCGACCCUUGACAUUCUCUCCGCAUAUUGGACACUACUCGGUGUCAUCAUACUGCUGAUCUGCCUCUCGGUUAAAGCGGCCGUUGGUAGGCAUUCUGCUAGUAAUGCUUUGGGCCGCUUCGACCCCUCGGCAUCGGGAUGGACACCUGGUUGGUCCUUCUUCAUAGGCCUUCUACCGGUCAGACUUCCUCAUAUCCUCGUUCAUAUUUCGUGA